AUGCGAGAAGGUUCCGCUCUUCGUUGGGUCCGGUUCCACGUGCCCACCAUGGUCGAGCGCGGGGAGGACGUGACCUUGACCUGCGAAUUUGACCUCGCCGGGGAGAAGUUGUACUCGGUCAAGUGGUACAAAGCAGGGAGGGAGUUCUACCGCUUCGUUCCCGCUGACUGGCCCACCAAGCAGGACUUCGAGCAGAAAGGGGUUAUCGUUGAUACCGACAGGAGCGACUCGCAGAAGGUGGCGCUGAAGGGGAUCACCGUCGACAGCUCCGGGAGGUACAAGUGCGAGGUCCUGACGGAGGCGCCGCAGUUCAAGACGCUCGUUCGGUCUGGGUUCCUCACCGUCUUCGAGCUGCCCGAAGGCCGGCCAGAGGUGAUGGGCGGGCAGCCUCAGUACCGCCCGGGAGACACCGUCAACCUCACCUGCCGCGCGCCCAAGUCCAUCCCGCCCGCGAACCUCACCUGGUACAUCAAUGAGAAGGAGGCAUAUGUUAAGUUUAAAUUAUGGAGUCAUGUAUCCUUGUUGGCCUCAUCCUUAUCUCUCUGGUUUGGUUUUGAUGAUGUCCAUACUGCACCGCCGCCCAACCUCCUCGUGCCGUACCGGACGCCCGUGGACGUGGACGGGCGCGCCUCCUCCCGCCUCGGCCUCCGCUUCAAGGCCCAGCAGCUGUACUUCCCCGACGGGCGCGUGAGGCUGCGGUGCGUGCGUCCAUCCCGAGGGGCGAGCGAGGCGACGAGAAGCCCCUACGCCCAGGACGCGCACCACGAGGGCGUGGUCGUGCCGCCCGAUCCCUGA